AUGUCCGAUCCUUCAGAUUCUUCUCUGAAGAUCCCAGACGGAGAUUCGAAUAUCGUUGAAGACCCAAAACUCUCGACACCUCAACCACAACCACUUACACUAGAACCCGCCGCUUCUUCACCUGUCAUUCCUACUUCUGCCCUUAUCCAGUCUUCUCCUGUCAUCCCUCAAUCGAUACCCACAUCAUCCACUGCGAAUAUAAUGUCGUCCGCACCGGUCGAAAUGCCUACAUUCACACCAUACAUACCUAAUACAGGUGUAAACGGUAGAAGGGCAAGUUCUAGUGGUAAAGCAGCUAACGGACAGCAUAGGAGCGUAGGUCCUGAACUGUCUACCCCGUCGAAAUUAUCGCAAGCAUCAGGAGGUAUUUUUGUACCAACCGGAGAACCACCGUAUGAACCACCUCUUGAUAUCGUAUAUCCACCUGACAAGAUCCCAAAUCCACAUUGGGGCGAUAUGACUCCUCAACCUAUCAUCGAAAAUUUUCCUGCGAAUUCUCUCUAUAGACCUAAAUAUCUACCGGCUGAUAUAGAUGACAGGCUGGAUAAGAAAAGUGUUUGGAUCGGGGUGGAGAAGGAGAGUGCACGCGCAGUGUACUUCCUCCCUCCAACAUGCCAAUGCUGUAAGAAUCCCGCGGUAGCCCAACACUGCGAUCGUGGGUGGCCAAACUGUGCUAGAUGUAUAGGAAGAGGAGUGACAUGUAUACCUGGUAAAGCAUGGGGGAUGAUGCGUCCAAAAGGUAAACGUCGGAAUCUCAAAGCGGAAAUGGGAAGAACGAAACUACCUAAUGAAGGUACUUCAACCCCUAUCAAGAAUGGAACCUCUUCAUCUUCACAACCUAAAUCUACACCGUCAUCUUCGGCUAAAGGUAAAGGUAAAGCAGUUCAGCCAGACAACAGCCAUCCUGAUCUUCUCCACGAACCUAUAAAUCUCGAUCAAUCGAUGUCGACCAAUGAUGAAAAGGAAAAGCCCAGGAAGAAGAGGAGGCUUUCUGGAGGGGCGGGCGGAGAAAUCGGUGUUAAGCGUAUACGGCGUAAAUCCCAUCGAGACUCCACCAGCAUGUUACCACACACUUCCAGUCGCCCUCUCUCUGCAGCCGACCGCCAGUAUUUCUCAAGAUUAGAAGAUAACGCUAGGAAACCACCUUUGACAGAUAUGCAUGGUCCUUGCCCCGUAUGGGCUAAGACCAGAGGAUCAUUACAUGCUGCUUGCGAAUAUCUGCGAAAUCCAAGGGCGACAGCAGGUGCUAGUGUCGAGAUCGGUGUCGGUGGGAUAGCGAGAGGAGUGGUACUGGAAGGAGAUAUACCGGAUGCUCAAGGUGCAUACUGGGGUACGGGCAAAGAUACGGGCACUAUCAUCACUGCAAUUGGUCCUUCUAGAAAGCAGAAUUCGGAUUACCAUCAAGACCUAAAUGGGUCGGAUCCCCCUGCACCGAUUUCCCAAGAGCCUUUGGGAGGACCCCGUAUGCAAUCAUUCACACCUCCUCUCAACAUUUUUCCACCUUCCCAAAGUCGAGCAUUGGCGGCUAGUACUCAGAAUCAGAUCAAACAAGAAAAUUCUACUGUCGGUAAAGAUGUGAAGGAAGCACCCGAAGUUGAAGCCUUGCUCAUGGCUCACAGAGCUCGAACGCCUGUGGCUUUAGCUGUCGCUCAGGAUUACACGGCUGUGCCUUUCAAAGUACCCAGACCAUUUAUUGUCCUGGGCUGGUUUUGGAUAACCGAUGCUUGGCCUGAGCCUGUCAUGCCCGAAGUACAACUUUUCCAUGCUCAGCAGAACCGGCCCAUCGGACCUCCUGAAUCUAUCAUUUGGAAAUUUAGAUUUGAAUGGUGUACUGGCGGAAGACAGGGUGUACCAUGGUGGAGUUCGGUGGCGCAACCGACACGUCCCACCGCGUUACCGCCUACAUACACUGAGGAAGCUGAAUGGCAGAUAUCCGGAUCGGGCUGUGGUUCAACAACUGUCCAAUCGCCUUCGUCAGGUCCAUCAACGAAUGUCAAUCGUGUAUACCAGUACAUCUGCCCGCAGUGUAAACAUAUCUCGACCAAAGUUUAUCGGGAUGGUGAUAUAUGCUUGAAUGAACGAUGCCCCUGGUUCUUUGGAGAUGCUUCCAGUCUUGCAAACCAUAUCGGACCAAUCACCAAUAUUCCUUUCCCUCUUCUGCCCAGAACUCGAGUCUUGCCUGAAACGCUCGGUCUUCAACUUCGACCUCCUGAACCUUCGGGUAUAAGCCACGACAUUACCCAAUCGCAUGCUGGACGCGAGUUCUGGAAAGGUUGGGUAUGUCAUAAGUGUGGUUCUGCGCAGGAGAGGUAUAAGUGGGCUGGAUGGUCUUGCGAAGCUUGUGGAAAUUCUGUUAAACCACCUCGACGGAUAUACACCGCAGAAGACUUACGUCCACCUUCACGUCCGGUAUGUACCUCCACGCGACAGGAUGAUGGCUAUGCCUCGAUUCCAUUCGAGGUCAAUCGCUCAUGGUCACUUUUUGAUAACGACAUAAAGGUUGUCAAGCAUGCUUUGGAACCACUCAUCUUUGGAUCCAACUGCGAAGCGCAUCACAUUCUUGCUCAUGAAGGUCAAGGUGUUAAUAGUAUCGCCGGAGACGCUUUGAAGAAAUUACAAAUGCAGGGAGAGGAUGAGAUACCCAUGAGGAGAUAUACGGCAGUGACCACUCGAAGACCGGCGGAACUUACGAUGUCGCUAUUCUACACUUACCUGUGCGGACCCGAAUCCUAUCCUAUCAACGCUUUUCCAACAUACCGAUCAGCGCAUUGGUCAAAUGUCCCUCCUGUCUGUCUCGAGAUUGUAGAUCUCAUCAAUGAUAGAUCCGGCAAGUGCUUCCCGGGUGAACGAGAAUUUGAUAGCCUUCUAAUCGCUGCCAAUCCUCCUGGCCUAGCUACCACUCUGUACCCGAAAAUCGAGAUUGAACCAUCCUCAUACAUGUCAAUUCUGUUCCUCGGCUCAGAUGCGACUGUUUGUAUCAGGCAAUAUGGCACCAAGCAAGGAUCAAUUACCGUACAGCAUGGAGAUAUAUUGGGAUUCAAGUUGGGUACAGAGGUCAUGGAAAUUUCACUUCGAAUGGAGAAUUUCGGUUUCUUCUGCAUUGCUCGUCAUGGCAAUUUGAAUGACGUAGUUGCACCUCAAACCGCUACUUCCGAAUCGAGAUUAUCAACCGAUAGUUCCCUCCCUCACGUGCACAGCGACUUCAACCCUUCAUCUUCUGUCGAUCCAUCAUCAGCCACUUUGCCCCGUAUCGAAUCGAUUCCAGUCGAAGAUAUUUCAGUCUCAAAGAGUAAAGACAAGAAAUCCACCUCAGCACGUUCAAAGGCCCGAGCUGUAUCACCUCCACUCGUAAAACCUGCCGAGUUAGUUCUCAAGAAUUGGUAUAUCGGUGCAUACCCUCUUGACCCCUUACAACCUCUUAGGAUAUUACCUCCUUACCGACCCGCCGAGGGGGAUUUGGAUUCUAGUAAAGUGGUUAUCUUGGGUGAUAAGAAGGAUUGGAUUCAGCUGGAACCACGUGCUUUAUCACCGUUACCGGGUUAUGACGAUUUACGACCUGAUCCACCUCCUGUUCAGCAGAAAUCUACAGCAGGGGGUGGAGGAAAGAAAGGAAAGAACAGUACGCCAGUCAGUGUGACGAAGAAGAAAGGAAGAGGGCCAGGACCUCGGGCGAGUGUAAGCGGUACACCUGCUAGUACUGCUACGGCGGACCAGGAAGAGGAUACAAAAAGUAUCGGAGGGACGCCCAGUGCGAGAGGAGGAAAGAGGGGAAGAGGACGAGGACGAAAGUCUAUCAACUAA